CCCGCGGCCGGUCGUGACGUGGGCCGCGCUACGCCGACGUCACGGGUGCGUGUGUAGCGGCGGCCGGGCUGCCCUCCGCGGCGGCGCCUGGCUGGGCGGUGUGGCCGCGGACUGCGCGUUCGGGGGCGCCCGGCGACCACGAGGACGGGGACCCGGAGGCCCGGCGCCCACGGCCGAGGAGCGGACCCUCCCGCCCCUUCUCCGCUUCCGGCGGCGCCCGGCCCGCGGCUUCCUGCUUUCCGGCCCCCUUCCCGCGGGCCGAGGGGCGCCGAGCGGCCCGGAUCUCCGCGCUCCCGCCGCCCGGCUCAGCCCGGACUCCAUGUGAAGGAGAGACGGCCCGGCCCCCCGGCCCGCGCCCGGCUCCUCGCGCGCCUCUCCUGCCCCGGCCCGCGGCCUCCCCGACGGGGGCGCGGUGACAGGCCGCACGGGGCCGAGGGGCGGGUGCAGAGGCCGGCGGAGCCACUCUUCGGGCCUGCGGCUCCCCACGUCCCGCGGAGCGGCCGGAGAAAGCUGUCACCCUCCCACCCCUGAUGCCAGACAAUUUAGCUCCUCCCCAUAUGUCCCUGGAUCCUUUCAAGCCUCAGCCCCAGCUCUGGAGCCCAGAGGGAUUGAGUCCAAGCAAUAAAGAAUUCUGAUGGGAGAACCAUUUCCCUAAUUUUCAGAUUGUUGAGCUGGUUGUCAUGAUGGAUGAUCAGCAAGCUUUGAACUCAAUCAUGCAAGAUUUGGCUGUUCUUCAUAAAGCCAGUCGACCAGCAUUAUCCUUACAAGAAAACAGAAAAACAAAAUCUUUAUCACCAAAAAAACAGAAUGAUGUCCGAGUCAAAUUUGAACAUAGAGGAGAAAAAAGAAUCCUUCAGUUCCCCAGACCAGUUAGACUGGAACAUCUGAGGUCGAAAGCUAAAACUGCCUUUGGACAGUCCAUGGAGCUCCAUUACACCAAUAACGAGUUGGUGAUCCCAUUAACUACUCAAGAUGACUUGGACAAAGCUGUGGAGCUGCUGGAUCGCAGUGUUCAUAUGAAGAGCCUCAAGAUAUUACUUGUGGUAAAUGGAAGUACACAGGCUACUAAUGUAGAACCAUUGCCGUCACUAGAUGAUUUGGAUAACACAGUAUUUGAAGCAGAGAGAAAAAAACGGCUUUCUGUAAUAGGUUCCACUAGUAGAGAUCAAAGCUCCCCUCCCCCAGGAUACAUUCCAGAUGAACUGCAUCAGGUUGCCAGGAACGGGUCCUUCACCAGCAUCCACAGUGAAGGGGAGUUCAUUCCAGAGAGCAUGGACCAAAUGCUGGACCCAUUAUUUUUAAGCAGCCCUGAAAAUUCUGGCUCAGGAAGUUGUCCAUCACUUGAUAGUCCUUUGGAUGGAGACAGCUAUCCAAAAUCACGAAUGCCUAGGGCACAGAGCUACCCAGAUAAUCAUCAGGAAUUUUCAGACUACGAUAACCCUAUCUUUGAGAAAUUUGGAAAAGGAGGAACCUAUCCAAGGAGGUAUCAUGUUUCAUAUCACCAUCAAGACUACAAUGAUGGUCGUAAAACUUUUCCAAGAGCUAGAAGGACCCAGGGGACCAGCUUCCGGUCUCCUGUGAAUUUCAGUCCUACUGACCACUCCUUAAGCACUAGUAGUGGAAGCAGUAUCUUUACCCCAGAGUAUGAUGAUAGUCGAAUAAGAAGAAGGGGAAGUGACAUAGAUAAUCCUACUUUAACUGUAAUGGACAUCAGCCCACCUAGCCGCUCACCUCGUGCUCCAAUAAACUGGAGAUUGGGCAAACUGCUUGGCCAGGGAGCCUUUGGCAGGGUCUACCUCUGUUAUGAUGUCGAUACAGGAAGAGAGUUGGCUGUUAAGCAAGUUCAGUUUGACCCCGAGAGACCUGAGACCAGCAAGGAAGUAAAUGCACUUGAGUGUGAAAUUCAGUUGUUGAAAAAUUUACUACAUGAACGAAUCGUUCAAUAUUAUGGCUGUUUGAGGGAUCUCCAGGAAAAAAAACUUUCCAUAUUUAUGGAAUAUAUGCCAGGGGGUUCAAUUAAGGACCAAUUAAAAGCAUAUGGAGCUCUUACUGAGAAUGUGACUAGGAAAUACACCCGUCAGAUUCUGGAAGGCGUCUACUAUUUACAUAGUAAUAUGAUUGUUCAUAGAGACAUCAAAGGUGCAAAUAUCCUGCGAGAUUCAACAGGCAACGUCAAGCUAGGAGAUUUCGGGGCCAGCAAACGGCUUCAAACAAUCUGCCUUUCGGGGACAGGAAUGAAGUCUGUCACGGGCACGCCCUACUGGAUGAGCCCCGAGGUGAUCAGCGGGGAAGGCUACGGCCGCAAAGCGGACAUCUGGAGUGUGGGCUGUACUGUGGUAGAAAUGCUAACUGAAAAGCCUCCGUGGGCGGAAUACGAAGCAAUGGCUGCCAUCUUUAAAAUCGCCACUCAGCCCACAAACCCCAAGCUGCCCCCUCACGUCUCCGACUACACCCGGGAUUUCCUCCAGCGCAUCUUCACGGAGGCCAAGCUGAGGCCGUCGGCGGAGGAGCUGCUGAGGCACCUGUUUGUGCACUGUCACUAGCAGCCAGCCCCCCCUGCCCCGGCGCCCAUCUGCCUGCACCUCCUCUCUGACUGCACUUUUCUUUUUUAUAAAAAAGAGAGAUGGGAGAAAAAGACAAGAGGGAAAGUGUUUCUCUUGAUUCUUGGUUAAAUUUGUUUAAUAAUAGUAACCUAAAUUUUUAUAUUUAAUCGUUUUUUCCCUUACAAGAACUUGAAACUUUUUUUUAAAAUUUUUAUAGUGUACUGAUGUGGUUCAGACAUAUAAAGCACUUUAGUACGUGGUUACUCUUUCUAGUACAAACAGAUCAUUUGGACUACCUGGGACUAGAGGGUCUUUCUCUGAGCUACCGGCAAAUCGGUGGUGAUAGAGAGACAUGGAAACAAGGAGAAGAAAAUGAUAUCUGCUUUGUAGUUUUUAAUGACAGUACUUAAAAUAGAUCCUCAUUUGUGGGUUUGAGCCCUAAACUUGAGUCUAGAGUGGGUACUCAACUUAAAGAAUAUAGGUUCCUCCUUAUAUCUGUAUUCUUUAGAUCCUAACCUCUGUAUACCAAGCUUCUUGCUCAGUAGGAACCAUGAUAGAAAAUAUGAAUCUCUAAGAACUAUGUUUAUUUGUUAAUCCUAACCAGUAUAAUAAGCAAAUACACUAUAGAAGAUCCAUGUUACUGGGAUCUAAAAACCUUGUGGGAUAGUUUUCUGGUUUGUUUGUUUUUUUAAAAAGAUACUAUUUUAUUUUAAAACAGAUAUGGAAGUCAAUGAGCAAAUCCAAAUUAAAGGACAAAAGGAGAUUGCUUUAAUUAAUGAGUGCACAGUAGAAGAGACCACGUUUGCCAAUCAAGAGAAGUAAUGAGAAGCAGAAGUAUGUGUUGUUUAGUGUAUUUUAAAGUGUGAUCUUUACCUGAGGGAAAAAGUCCCAAAAUUAAGAGAAAGAAGAAAUAAUCAAAAUAAUUGAAUAGAUAUUCUAUCUUCCUAUUUCUAGCUCCUGAUUCCCCAUAGGGUAACAUUUCUUAGGAACUAAGAGUUUCACCUGGAGUUUCCAUGAAGCUAGUGUUGGGAGAUGAACCCUUGUUCUUGGGAUCACAGAAUACUGAGCCACCUCAAACAUAGUAAGAUAGUGGCUCUCCAGGGGCAGGGCUGUUUCUCUUGGCACCUGCAAGGCCUGGAGACAGCUUUGGCUUCACAGCUUAGGAGGAUGCCGGUGGCAUCUAGUGAGUUGAGGCCAGGGAUGCUGCUAAACAAACCACAGUCUAUAAGGACCACACCUGCUCCCGACAGAACCAUCCUGCUCAAAAUGUCCAAAGUGCCAAAGUUCAGGAGCCCUGUGGUAAAGACCAGCCCGUUACAGACUGCUGGCAGCCAUUUACAGAGAGGUUCCUUGCAAACAGUAAUUUCAGAGAGAAGGUGAUAGGAUGCAUAGAGAGUGUUUUACAAGAGCAAAUACCACUGCUUCAAGUCAGGGUGAAUGACCUCAACACCAGUAGCAGCCCAUUCCUUCCCAGCUGCACAUCGCACCCAAAGCAGGAACUCCCUGCUAGAGAAGGAAUGGCUUCAAACACAGAGCUCAUUGAACUCCGCUGUCUGCGUACAUUCUUUCCUCAACUCAGCUUAGAGUCGUGGGAAAAGCAAAGCAUAUCAAAACAAGGUUUAACUACUUUAUAGGAAAGUUAAAACCGCCAGGUAUUUCUAGUACAAUGUAUCCACUAAGAGCAAGGACUUUGAAUGGAAGGAGACACCUAGGAGAAGCCAUGAUCCCUGAUGGACUGGAGCUACUGAAAAAUAUGAAUGCUAUCAGUGAUGUGGCCACUUGCAAUAGUUCCCAGUUUAUUAAAGCAAGUGCGACGUGCGUUAUGUUUAAAGAUCUAGAAAGUAGUAGUCUUCCUGGAGGCCCUAUAUGUGACGCCUUUUAUGGGAUUCAUCGGGGAUGCAGAUACUUCAUUUUCUGCUAAAAAGUAGGAUCUUUAGGGACUCAGCUGUUUCUGAAGUUCAUUAGAUUGUGGUUUACUGUAUCAGGUCCUAUCUGUCAUUCCCUGUAGGAAAUUUGAAGUUCUAUUAGCUAGUCUGAGAAGAAGUCAAAACACCGAGAUUCUCGUACCCUGUAAUCCACGGAAGCGGCUCGCCAGGAAGAACAUGAGUCAGUGGUCUCCCCGGAGGCCAGCGGCGCCCUGUGCUGGGAGCCGUCCCCAAGGACAAGGAGCUGUCCCGCUUCUCAUCUUCUCACGGGUGAAGGCACCCCUUAUGCUGGAGCGAGACCACGCUGUCUGGGCCAAGGGGCUUUUCCUUUGUUCUUUGUCUUUGUGGCUGUGAUUUCCUUCUGACUCGGUCUGUCGGGGUAACCAGGGGUGCAGAAUCUGAGACCGACACUCUUUAGAGAGAGAUCCUGGGAGACUCUGACACCCAAAGCAAAAUUGUUUGCUUUCUUCAGUCUCCCUUUUACUUUUAAAUGCAUAGAAAACAAAUCACCUGAAAGAAACUGCUACUUUAACACUGCUGCAGAAGACCUUUGUUUUAUAGGAAAAAUAUUAUUAGCUAUGGGAGAGUACUGUUCUUUAUGUAAAGACUUAAAAAUAGACUAAUAGUUUACAGAGUUAUUAUAUAAAAUGUGAUGUGAAUUUAUUUUAAAUAAGUUGUAAAGGUACCAAAACCACAAGAAAAGUUAAUAUAUAUAAAAGCUACUAGAACAAAAAAGCUUGAAGUGGGAUGACGUAGGGAAGAGCAAAAGUAAAUUUUAAAAAGAAAUUUUUGAAAUAAACCACCUUUAUCAGGGGCAAUUAGAUAUAACACUCCACCCCCUUUUUUUUCUAAUAAUGGUAUGGAUCAACAAAUGAAAUCUGAACUUUUUAAGAUGACUCUAAAUGUGUUUUGUUUUUUAGCUGCACAACUCAUUCUUCUCUAGGUAGUGCUGCUUUGCUGAGGCUGGAAAGGGUCAGACUGCUGACUGUGCCUUCACGAUGCCGCGCUCAGGCUGUGGCGGACUCUGGUGCUGGAGAGGUCCCCGGGCAGUCUGACCGUGCUUUUCAGGAAGUGUCUUUCCACUUGGGCCUUGCGGGAGUCACAAUGGCAGGACCUAGGUUUUGGCCAAGUAGAAGAUUUUACAUCGCAAACAAAAUGCAUUGAGUAAAAGGGUUGAAAAAUAGAAUGACUAAUGGAAAUUUAGUAAUGGUUAGUAAUUCUUUCAAAUGUAUUUGAACUUUUCUGUAUGAAUAUUUUAACAUUUUUUCCAUUUUCCUCAUUUACAAAACAUGUUUCUAACUUGAAAAAAUGGUUAAAGACUGUUGCCUUAGAAAGUUUUCAGAGGCAUCGUCAACCUCCCAUAUUUAUAUGAAAUUGAAACGCACAGGUUGAAUGAGCUACAAAAAAAUUAAAGCUUAUUUUAGAGUAAAUUGAAUUGGCUUUCACUUGAGAUUCUAUCUUAUUCUUUAGAAACUAUGUUAAAAAGAAAAAUUAUUUGUUUAGAGCAGCUUUCUGCUACUUUACCUCUUACAUGUGUCAGGUCUGAUCUCUAGUAUUUCUGAGAUGGAGUUGAGAUAAGAUAUGUGAAGUCAUUAAGAAAAUCAAAUCUGAAUAGUUUAUAGGGACGACCACGCUUGGGCUCAAAAGCCAAGAUGUUUGCCACAUGCCAACUCCUUGGCCCAUGGCAGCGUUCUGAGACAGGGGUUUCAUUUGGGGUCUAGGGACCAAUAGCUUGGAUAUAAAAUCAUCUGGUGUCAGUCAAGUAUAGUAAUCUAUCAGUUUUUUUUAAAUAAGGUGAAUCUUUUUUUAUUUGCUCACUCAGUAAUUGUGGCUACUGUGUCAGUACUAAUUCACUUACCCUUAAGGAGAUCCCAGCCUAGGAGGAGACAUGGGCAAACAGUACCCUUACUCUGAGAGCUUAGCAAUGAUGUUUUAAAGUCUUACCGUUUCUUGUGAUGUAAGGAAAUAGCAAUUUUGGGUAAUUAUUGGCUGUUACAAACCAAAAUGUCAUUAACAACAUGAAUUAAAAGUAGCUCCAAAUUAGAGGGACCUCCGUUCUUCAGCAGCCGCUCUCUCUCAGGACUCCCUCCCACAACCCAGCCUCUGCUCAGACAGUUCCGUCCAAAAGGGCAUUUAUCCCAUAAAUAGUGCUUUUUCCUUCUGUUUCUUUUAAAGAAAAAAACAACUUUAUUUUGGUCUAAAUUGUCUAGAAAUGUUAUAGGAAUUGAAUUCUGUCAACAGUGUUAUUUAUACUAAAAUCCAAACAAUUUCUUAAAACCUUCCUGUUUUAUAUUGGGUUUGACCUUUGUUACGAAUGUAAUGUUCAUAUUUAUUUGAAUUUUAAGAUCGGUUAAAUGUUAAUGAAAAGCAAUUUAACUGUUCAUUUUUGGUAGUGCCUUUUUCUCUGUAUGCCUUAAUUUUAUUUUAUAUGAAUAAUUCAUGUUACCCACCAAAAUGAAGUUUUUUUCCAAAAUCAGUAGUUUCAAGAAUUGAUUUGGCCUUAGACUGUGUAUUAGCCCUUAAAUAUUUCUUACUUCCUGCUUCCUCCUCCUACCCUUUUCUACCUCUUCUUUUUAAUGUUAGAAGACAAACAUCAGCAUUAAUCUGCACAGACACAGCACAGUCUCCGCGACACGUGGACUGCUGAGAUAGGAGAGAGUGUCCUCCUUCUAAAGGCAGGCGGGAAGGUGUCUUCCGGUGGGCGCUUGAUUUUCAGUCAGAUGGACACUGUCCAGAGUCUUUGUAUAUCAUGGUUCAGUUGUGAUGAUCAUAGCAGAGGUAGAAUGGUUGUUUUUGCCCUAACGAGGUUGUUUAAAUGGUUUACAAAUGUUCAGGCAAUGAGACGUAGGGCAAUGAGCAAGAAAUCCAGGGAUAGCAAAUUUCUAAUCUAACAUUGUAAUGAAAACUCUAACUUACAUUUCUGUGAAGUGUGUGUGUGUGUGUGUGUGUGUCUGUGUGUCUGUGUGUCUGUGUGUCUGUGUGUCUGUGUGUCUGUAUAUGUGUGUGUAGUGGAGCAGGGAUGGAAAGAGAGGAAAGGUAUGAAUGUUCAGUUAGAUUAGUUUCUGUUCUUGGAGGAACAACUCAAAUGUGUAUGACCUACUGAUGAUGGAUGAAUAAUUAUCCUUGGGUAGGAAUACCAGCAUUCUCCACAAGUAACUAGUACAAAUGAUUAUUUAAUACAGGUAUUUAUUGUAAAUUGCCAAGCUCUUGGUUGCUAAAAGUAGAUUAAAAUUAAUUCGUAUGUGUGUAUAAUAGCUUAUACUUAACCCUUAAAUAGAAAGUAAUUGAUUUUGCAUAGUUCUUCAUGAACUCUUUGGGAUAGAAAUUCUGCCAGACAUUAUCAAAACCAGCUUCCUUAGUUUAUGAAACAUUCGAAAGGAAAUUCUCUUACACCUCCUCCUGGUUGGCUAGGGAGCGCAUGCUGUGGAGCCACUGGCCCUGCUUCACAGGGUCUCCGCUGUGCUUGCCCUUGCCCAUCUGAGCAGGAUGCCACGGCAGGCGAAGGAAGGUCAGAGCCAGCAGUGCCCACGCUCGCCUCAUGCACUCUCAGGAGAGUCUGGAGACUCCUCUCAGUGAUAGCGAGAGUGGACAUGAGUCAUGUCAGAGUACAGGGAGGAGUCAGCUAGAGAAAAGAGUAGAAUCUUACCUGUUGCCUGCACCCAGUCUUUCAUGUAGUUCUACAUGUUUUUCAUAAUUCUGCAUUUUAAUUGACAGUAAUAUAUGUUUGAUAAAACAGCAAAGGCAUUAAAUUAGUGAGUCCUGUUAUUCCCUAUGCCUGAUUACUCUUGUUUGCAUUCACAAUCUGCAAUAUCAGAAUCACUUUAAACCAAAGCUUUUAUAUUCCCUGCACACAUUGCCAAACUGACUAGCACCGUUACUUCUGCCCACCUGUAAGCUAAUGGGAUAAAAAUGAUAAAGUAGAUACUAGUAGAAUCUGCAUCUCCGUCAGGUAAAAGAAGAGGCGCUCAGUGUUUGCACUUAGGCAGCAGAAUUUACUUCAGCUAUUACGGAACUACAGGCACUGCAGACCUGAGCCUGUACACCUGCCGAGCUCCUUAACAUCAGCUGGCCAUAGGUACGUUGACUAGCGAUGCCUGAGGUUGGAAGUGUACUUUCUUUUAGUGUCUUAACAUUUAGGAACUUACGAUUGACUUGGGAGACAUAUUAGGAAAGCUGUGAAGAAAUGCAAAUUACAGUCCGAUGUCUGCUUUGUGCCAUAGACACUUUGGAACAUAAAAAGAGUCUGCAUUCCAGUUGGCAUGCAGCAUUUGUCCACAAAUAAGGAUAUCUGAGUCCUUUAAUGACAGUUGAGAACAGUAAAGUUUGUGAUUGUACUGAACGCACUUUUAUGUUCAUUUAUUUUUUUAGAAUUAAAAUUUUAAAAGCAUAUGUAACUAGUGGUUUUAGCAUUAGCAUUACUUAGAGGAGAGAGAUAAGUAACAAAAUUACAUCUUAAACUCUAGUAGAUACUUAGACUUCAAAAGGCAUUUGACAUAUUCUAAUUUUUCCAAAGACUUUUCCCCCCACCUGGAAUAAGAAGGGAGGACUAACGGAAACACUGAGAUGAAAAGGCUUAUGGGCGAAAGGAAGUGGGAAAGUGGGCCAAACCUUGCAAUAUACCCUAUUCAAGCAAAAGCACCGUGUCUAAGGGUAAGAAUGCUUCUUUAAAAACAUGAUUGUUUUUAAUACAAUGUUAAUUAGUAAAAGGUUUACAUUUUUUCUAUUGCUGUUGGUUUUAAAAUUUGCUACUCUGCAUUCAGAAAUAUUAUAAAAUAGUUAAUACCAAGAAUACUUUUAAUGUCUGACAUCUCUUACAUUUCACAUGGUUCUUUUUAUUCAAAUAUCAUCAUAAAUAAAAGUAAACUUGGAUAAGUUUGAGAAUAAACUUUGUUACAAACUAUGAUUAUCAAUUUGUAAUUUACCUUUUGGCCUAAUGUACAUUUUUUAAUGUAGCCAUUAAAUUCUUUGUAUUUAACCUAUUAGUUUCUCUCUGUAAAAAAUUUUAAUCUCAGUUGAAUGCUGGGCAGUUUAUAAUAAUGUACAAAUAAUAAUGUUUUUUUCCUAUCAAGGUUGACUUUGCACAUUUUUGGAAGUUUUUAAUUUGUACACUGAUGUACUGCUUUGACCAAUAAUUGUUGAUGUGUGUAUGAGCAUCAUGAAUGUGUGCAUUGAACUACUGUCUGUGUCUCUGUUUUAACUUCUUUCAACAUGUGGCCAUCAGUAACUGCACUGCUGUCACAGACUUACACGGACCUUACUGCUUUUACAGCGUAUGCUCAUCUUGGUUCUCUCUUUGUCGAAGAACUCAGGAGUUCAACUCACUUUCUGAUUUUAUAUGUAUCUUAAAAUCCAUGACUAAGUUGAAAGUAUGCUUGCAACUCCAUGUAUCAGGGGAUGUUGUGUGUGGAGAUGUAUGUCUGUCUGUCUGUCUGUAGGCACAUUUAUAUAUUCCAGUAAUUUCUUGUUUUCAUUUGUUUCUACAUUUUUAUGAACUUGUUUUUUAUAAGGGUACUGUUUAGUUAGAAUUAAAUAUAUGUAAAAACUUUCUGAGAGAUUAUUUACUAUAUGAAUAUAUUUUCAGCUGGCUGAUCUAAAAUAUUUUUAAAAUUUUGUUUUUAACCAUUCACAACACGUUUGUAUUUCCAGAAUUAGACACAAGUUUGCUUAGAUGUACGUUAAAGUACUCCUGGGAGGGAGAGCGUCGGUUCUCUUUUGAGAAUUCUCUGAAGUGCAAAUUCAGAGGAAAAAGGAGAUCAUAAGCAGUAGCAAAAACACACUGCCCACUAAAAUGGCCUUUGAGUCCUCAGAGCUAUGAAAAAACUGAGAACUAACUCGUCUUGAAAAGAUGCGGAGACUUUUCUGUCUCCAGGCUCUCUUGGCUGGUCCUACUGUUGUUGACUGUUUCCUUUAUCCUACCCUAAAGAUGUUAACAGUUAGGUUUUUUCCUCACUGGGCAAGGUCAGACCUCAUUUAUGAUUCUCUGCAAUUUACUAUAAAUUGGUCUAGAAAUGUCCAAACAUACAUUGAAUGUCUUUGUACUGUACUCUGUAUGCUAAGUAACUGGCAGAAAAAGAAUUGGAAAUUAAAGUUCCAAUCUGACAAUGUUACUGUACUUAAGGAAAUCCUUGUUUUUAAUAUGCGGUACCAUGUAAAAUUACUUGUGCUAGGAAUACAGUCCACUGUUGAAGCUGAAUGUCACUAAGCUUAUUAUGUUACAAGAGCCAGUAUGAUUAUAACCUCCCAGAAGCCAGAUACAGCGUGGUAUGUGCCACAUUUCAUGCAUAUUUUGACUUUGUGUUGUUCAUUGAAAGUUGUGCUUGUAAAAAUGUAUAAAAUUUCAGAGUUUUUAUGUAUUUGUUUUUCUUGCUGAUAAAUAGCUUUUUAAAAAUCUAAUGUGAAAGAAACCAUGUUUAUAUUUUGUUAGUGAUCAGUGACUUUGUUUAUAUGGAAAUUUGUAUAUUGUUGGCACACAUUUUUUUUUUUAGAUGUAUCAUGCAUGAAGGCUGCAAUAAUUAGCACAAUGAAAUUGCUUUUUUUUUUUUUAACAUGUUAAUUCAUUUGAAAGAUUGUGGUGCAAAGGAUUACUCUAAGUAACCUGGGUUAUGGAAUAUAAAUGAAUGGCACUCUGAGUGUUAAUAAAGCUAAUAUUUAUUUCCACUGUGA